GGAGUGACGCCGCCGUGCCCGCUUGGCAUCAAGGACAUUCAGCCCGCGGGGGUGGGGACGAAGGGGGGCAGCCCCGCGUCGCCACCGCAGCCCCUGAGAGCCACCGCCCCUGCUCGGGUUCCGGGGCUGGGUGGAGGAAAGGGGUGCUUGGAAUUGAUCCACAUUUUCCGACCUUUUUGUUGGACAUUACGCCCACCUUGGACGCCGCAAGAGGAGCUGUCAAGCCCCGCAGGCUCCGAUUCGACCCCCUCCGUUUUCCUUGGCUGCUCCCGGCUUUCCUGUGCCUCGGUGGAGUAUUUGCGUUCGGGGCUGGGGCUGGAGGAGGCAGCCACACGCGCGCACACGCACACGUUCAGAGGAGGGCGAGAGGCAGCGGCACAGGCACCAUCUGCAGUGUCAAUGCGGCGCUCCCGCUGAAGGAGGGAAACGCGGCGCUCCCAGGGGGGACCGCGCUGAGCCUGCAGCCCGGGAGACGGCUGUGCUGCGUGCUGCUGCGCCGCGAGGCCCAUCUCCGGGAUGAGAGCCAUGCCGUGGAACUGGACUUGCCUGCUCUCCCACCUGCUGGUGGUCGGGGUGGGCUCCUCCACCCUGCUGCCCCGGCAGCCUCCCCCACCGGCUCAGAAGCGAUCUUUCCUCACUUUCCGAGGGGAGCCCACUGAGGGCUUCAAUCACCUUGUGGUGGAUGAGAGGACAGGGCACAUUUACCUGGGUGCUGUCAACCGGAUCUACAAGCUCUCCAGUGACCUGAAGGUCUUGGUGACCCACCAGACAGGGCCAGAUGAGGACAACCCCAAGUGUUACCCACCUCGUAUCGUCCAGACCUGCAAUGAGCCCCUGACCACCACCAACAAUGUCAAUAAGAUGCUGCUGAUCGACUAUAAGGAGAAUAGGCUGAUCGCCUGCGGGAGCCUGUAUCAGGGCAUCUGCAAGCUCCUGAGGCUGGAGGACCUCUUCAAGCUGGGGGAGCCUUUCCAUAAGAAGGAGCACUACCUGUCGGGGGUCAAUGAGAGUGGCUCCGUCUUCGGAGUGAUUGUCUCCUACAGCAACCUGGAUGACAAGCUGUUCAUUGCGACCGCGGUGGAUGGCAAGCCCGAGUAUUUUCCCACUAUCUCCAGUCGCACGCUGACCAAGAACUCCGAGGCAGAUGGCAUGUUCGCGUAUGUCUUCCACGAUGAGUUUGUGGCCUCCAUGAUUAAGAUCCCUUCAGACACCUUCACUGUCAUCCCUGACUUUGAUAUCUACUAUGUCUACGGUUUCAGCAGUGGCAACUUUGUCUACUUUUUGACGCUUCAGCCUGAGAUGGUGUCUCCCCCAGGCUCUACCACCAAGGAGCAGGUGUACACAUCCAAGCUCGUGAGGCUCUGCAAGGAGGACACCGCCUUCAACUCCUACGUGGAGGUGCCCAUUGGCUGUGAGCGCAAUGGGGUGGAAUACCGCCUGCUGCAGGCUGCCUACCUCUCCAAAGCUGGGGCUAUGCUUGGCCAGACCCUUGGAGUCCAUUCAGAUGACGACCUCCUCUUCACCGUCUUCUCCAAGGGCCAGAAGCGGAAAAUGAAAUCCCUGGAUGAGUCAGCCUUGUGCAUCUUCAUCUUGAAGCAGAUCAAUGACCGCAUUAAAGAGCGACUACAGUCCUGCUACCGGGGCGAGGGCACGCUUGACCUGGCCUGGCUCAAGGUGAAGGACAUCCCCUGCAGCAGUGCGCUCUUAACCAUCGAUGAUAACUUCUGUGGCCUGGAUAUGAAUGCCCCCCUGGGAGUGUCCGAGAUGGUGCGUGGCAUUCCCGUCUUCACAGAGGACAGGGACCGCAUGACUUCUGUUAUUGCAUAUGUCUACAAGAAUCACUCUCUGGCUUUUGUGGGCACCAAAAAUGGCAAGCUGAAAAAGAUCCGGGUGGAUGGGCCCAGGGGCAACGCCCUCCAGUAUGAGACUGUGCAGGUGGUGGACCACGGGCCAGUGCUCCGGGACAUGGCCUUCUCCAAGGAUCAUGAGCAGCUCUACAUCAUGUCAGAAAGGCAGAUCCGGGUGGAUGGGCCCAGGGGCAACGCCCUCCAGUAUGAGACUGUGCAGGUGGUGGACCACGGGCCAGUGCUCCGGGACAUGGCCUUCUCCAAGGAUCAUGAGCAGCUCUACAUCAUGUCAGAAAGGCAG